UGGUAGAGAAAUGAACAUUCAAUUCACUCGCAAUCCCACAAUGCAUUUCACUUCUUGGAUACCAAUGAUGACAACGCGCUGUUUCCAAGCAUGGCGGUGUUGUGUUGCCUUAUUAUUUUGACAUAUUUAGAAAGAGCGCUUUGCAUUGAAGACACGAACGCUACAGGAAACUUUAAUAUCACACUCAGAGACACAAACGACACGUCUGCUGAUCGAGACGAACAGCUUAAUUUCACCGAUCUGGGAGUCAGUGAAUCUCCGGAUUCUUUCCCAGCUCCAACAGCCUGGACUCCCGAAUCCGUGACGGCGUUCCCCGGUCAGACCGAGUCCUCCGAGAGCUCCAUCCCCAACACGAGCCCCGAAUCCCCGCGAGCCGCCACAGCAGCGCAGCCUCUGCCGCUCUCCGGUGUCCUUCCCACCCCGGUUACCGAAGUCUCUCAGCUGUGUCCGUGCAACCUGCAAAACGGGCAGUGUGACAUAAACUGCUGCUGUGAUCCAGACUGCACUGAGGAGCUGGCCCUGUUCACUGACUGCACAGCAGAAAGAGUCAGGUCAGCUUUGUUUCAAGAGGAAACUGGGAUAGUAGAUUAA